AUGAGGGGAUCGCUGUUCCAGUACGCUCCUCAGCUGCAGGCCUUCGAGAGUGGGCCCGGCGAUGCAGAGAAGAAGCUCAUCAUGAUAGGAGGGCUCUCCGACGGCUUGCUACCAUGCUGGUACGUCCCGUCGCUCGGGCAGGCAGCGAGCGAAGAGGGAUGGUCCAUGGUGCAGCCUAUCCUGCGAUCAUCGUACAACAUGUGGGGGUUCGGCUCGCUGGAGAGAGACGUCGAGGACUUGUCUGCCCUGCUCGAUUUCCUUGCAAGGGAGAGGGAGGGGAAGAAGUUUGCGAUCUGCGGUCACUCCACCGGCUGUCAGAUCGCCUGCCACUACAUGCGCAGCAGGGAGAACCUCCCACAGCACAACAUCUCGCACAUCAUCCUCCAGGCCGGUGUCAGCGACCGCGAGCUUGAGGACGCGGACGCUCUGGCGAAGCAGCAGGAGAACUUACAGGCGGCGAGGCAGCUUGCCAGGCAGUCAGGUGGAGGAGACGAGUUCCUGCCCCGAUCCGCGUGCUGGGCUCCAGUCACAGCACAGAGGUUCUUGGAUCUCAACGAUGUGGGAGGAAAGGACGACUACUUCUCCUCGGAUCUCAGCGAGGACGAGCUCGCGAGGAGGUUCGGGGGGUUCUACAGCACCACCGACGUCAUGAUAGCAUACUCUUCUAAGGAUGAGUACGUUCCUUCUACGGUGAACAAGCAGGAGCUCGUGGAGAGAAUCGCCAGGGCGAUGAGAGGAGAGGGGGGGAAGGCAAGGGUCGUCCCUCUCGUCGUCCCCAACGCUAACCAUGCUCUCUCGCCGCUGCCUGAGGAUCCCGAGAGUGCUUCGGCAGAGAAGUUCUUUGUCGCUCAAGUUCGUGAAUUUCUUCGUGAUUCAAAGUAA